AUGCUAACUUUAGUAUGCUUCUGUCCAGCUCCUUUUAGCGGCCCCGUGCUGCAGUGGGAGGAGCCAGAGGACAGCGGCGAGAGCAACUUCCUCUGCCACGCCACGGGCGGCUUCCCUGAGCCCGCCCUCUACUGGUUGGUGGACGGCGACGCCCCCGAAGGCUCGGUGAGGACAGAGAUGGAAGCACUGCCUGACUCAGGUCUCUACAACGUCACCAGCUACCUGACCAUCAACGUCUCCGACGCCAACGUGUCCUGCGUCAUCCAGAACCCGCCCAUGAACCAAACCUUGACCGCCACCACGCAUACCCGCGUCUCCGCAGGGGACCAGUGCGUGCUGGGAAUCGUGGGCCGACCUCUGUCGCUGCCUUGCUUCUACCCGGACGCCGCCAACUCCACCCACGCCUCCGUGGAGUGGCGCAGGGACGGCCAAGUGGUCCUCGGGUCCAGCUGGGCGGGAGGGAAGGUGGACAAUGUGACCACGUCAGAUGACCAGGAGAAGGUGGACAAGGACCGUGUGACCAUGUCGGCCGACGCUCACAUUUCGGGAAAGUUCAGUCUGACGGUGAGCGAGGUGGACACCCAAGAAGACCAGGCGUCCUACAGUCUUUGGUUCAGCUCUCAGGGGACUCCCAGCACCAAGGUUCCCGUGUGCACGCUGUGUGUCAGGGUCACAGCUCCUUUUAGCGGCCCCGUGCUGCAGUGGGAGGAGCCAGAGGACAGCGGCGAGAGCAACUUCCUCUGCCACGCCACGGGCGGCUUCCCUGAGCCCGCCCUCUACUGGUUGGUGGACGGCGACGCCCCCGAAGGCUCGGUGAGGACAGAGAUGGAAGCACUGCCUGACUCAGGUCUCUACAACGUCACCAGCUACCUGACCAUCAACGUCUCCGACGCCAACGUGUCCUGCGUCAUCCAGAACCCGCCCAUGAACCAAACCUUGACCGCCACCACGCACGGCGUGAGGCGCAGCCCGGUGGUGAGACGCGCUACGGACGCCAUGUGGAUGUUUAGCACCGCCCUCUGCGUGGUGGUGGGCGUCAUGGUGGCCGUGGGCGUGGGCUACCAGAUCCACCUGGACCGGCAGAGCAAGAAGAAGAAGAUGGAAUACCUCAGACGGAGCCGCAGAGAUUACUGCAGGAGACGUCACGAGACGGAGGAAACGGAGGUGAUUUCUGUGCAGUCGGAGGAGACGAACGUUUGACCAAUCAUGGUCCUGCUCAUGAUCAGAAGGUUUAAAUCUGUAGCCCCGCCCCCUCCUGGUACAGACUGCUGCGUGUCAAACAUGGUGUUACAAGAUAGUAUCCAUGGACAUGUUACAGACUGCUGUGUGUCAAACAUGGUGUUACAAGAUAGUAUCCAUGGACAUGUUACACACUGCUGCGUGUCAAACAUGGUGUUACAAGAUAGUAUCCAUGGUGCAGAAAUAAACGUAGAAUGAGUGGAAGUAAAAAGAAAUAUGUGUGAAAUGUUGGAUUACCUAAACGUCACCUGACCUCCUUUUUAGCAAGCAGGAUGUUAGUUUUAUGAACAUGAAUGGACAUAAGUGUUAAGAAAUAAAUAAGAUGUCCA